AUGUUCAAUCCAGCGGUCUUUCCCAAAACUGAAAUCGUCUCGUUGCGAAAGCUGUGUGAAAGGCCGCCAGCGGCACCAAGUGGACGAGGUCUUCGAGAAGGCACCAAGGACAAAUGGAAGAUCAUCACGGGCAUGGUGGAAGGAAUUAUUCUUUGUCGGAAGGCGCCAGGUUUCCUUAAGAGCGUUUUAGACUCGAAGGAACGUAUCCGCCUCUACGGAACGAUCCAGAAACAAGUCGAAGGAGAACUCAUCCUGCAACUCAGAGAGUGGGUUACUGUCAAACCCAGUAGGCAAGCCACCAGAGCUCUCAAGGAUGACAUUUUGUUGGCUGCAGAGGAGCAUGGUGUCUCGAGCAAUGACUUACGUCAACUGAUGCAUUUGGUCAAGACCAUCAGCUACGACCAUACGAAACGCAGCAUUCAUUCCCACACUUUCGACCGAGCAACGGCCCGUAGGUUCCAGGACACCCAAGUUACGUUCAAGCGAGCCGUUUAUAGGCUUCGGAACCCGCAUCAGCCGGAUACAGGAUCGAUAUGGGCCAGGCAAUUGGGCAAUGAUGGCGUACGGACGGACACGCAGCGAGAGUAUGUGGUGGACAUCUUCAACGUACCCCGGUGCACGGACGUUGGGCGAUUAAAUGCGUACCUACAGGCGCACAUUAAGGCAGACAUUGAGUUCGAAAACCUCGAUGUCUAUUAUCCGGAAUCCGGAUCUUCAGUGGUGUGGAGACUCACGAUGAAGACAGCUGAAUGCCCGAAAUUUCUGCGAGGGGUAGUGCAAGUAAUUUGGUAUGGCCGGCCACUGGUGCUUAAACAUCCAGCAGUUGGAAACCGCCUGCAGUGUCUCCAAUGUGGGAACGUGGGGCACACGAUGUUGCGGUAA